AUGGAAGCAUUCCGCUUGCUUUCGCGUGGAGGGGUUCAAUUCAAUAAGCAGAGGUUCCAGAACGAAAUUGACUUGUUCAAUAAAACGAGGCCAAGAAGUACUCAUGAAAAAGAGGCAGCGAAAGAUCUGGAUGCAGAGCUUCCAGCCGACUUAGAUUUUUUCAAAUAUGCAAAAACCGGUGCUCCCAAGCGGAAGGCAUCAGAUUUGUCUGUAGCUGCUGAACAUGGAGAAGUCUCAGAACGAAAGAGAAGGAAGCUCAGUGAAGGCGCCGACGAAGAAGAGAGUGAAGAGAGCGAAGGCGAACGCACUCCAGCUGAAGGCCCUACCCCCUCCAACCCCAUCCAGAGACAUAAAGUUACAGCAAAAGGCUCGAACGUCCCGAAUUCAGCGGAAACAUUCGAAGAGCUCAAGCAGCGGUAUAAUUUGCCGCCUCACCUAAUGGCCAACUUGAAGCAGUAUGAGUACAAGCAUCCGACUGGCAUACAAUCGCAUGGCAUUCCAAUAUUGCUGGAGUCUCGGGACCUUGCCGCAAUAUCUCCAACAGGUACAGGGAAAACGCUGUCAUACCUCCUCCCCGUCAUGGCCAGCCUGGCCGCACCUAUAUCGAGUUCCAAGUCAGAAAACGGGAAGGGCGUUCGAGCGGUUAUUUUAGCUCCAACUCGAGAACUUGCACAUCAAAUUCAUAACGAGUGUAUGAAACUCGCCCAGGGACGAAAAUGGCGGAUCGUCUUGUUCAGCAAAGCCACGGCCGCUACUCUUGCAGAUCCUAAUGUGCGGAACAGAGUUGAUAUCAUCAUCAGCACGCCUCUGAGGCUUGUUUCGAGCCUUCAGUCUGGCAACCUUGAAUUGGAAAAUGUUCGACAUCUCAUAUUAGACGAGGCGGAUCGUAUGUUGGACGCAGAGUUCCUCUCACAAGUUCAAGAAGUCGUUUCAUCUUGCACACAUGAAAACGUACAAAAGGCUGUUUUCAGUGCUACACUCCCCGCGAACGCCGAAAAGGUGGCAAUGGAUAUGCUUCGCAACCCGAUACGUGUAGUGGUCGGUCUAAAAGACACGCCUUUGCCACUCAUUGCACAGUCCCUCACAUAUGUGUCCGAUGACCCUUCAAAAUUGCCGACGAUCCUCACUUACUUGAAUCAGCCGUAUAACCCGCCAGUCCUCGUUUUCACAUCCUCGCAGCCUCGUGCAACAUCCCUUGCAGAGGAACUUGUUUUGAACGGCGUGCCCAAUGUGGAUUGCUUGCAUGCCGGAAUGAGUAAAAAAGAGCGUGAGGAUGCAGUGAGUCGAAUGCGGCGUGGAGAGAGCUGGAUCAUGGUCAGCACAGAAGUCAUGGCGCGCGGCAUGGAUUUCAAGGGAGUGAGGGAGGUCAUCAAUUAUGACUUUCCUCAAAGCGUACAAAGCUACAUUCACCGAAUCGGGCGUACUGGUAGGGCGGGACGAGAGGGCAAAGCCAUCACAUAUUUUACCAACGACGACGCACCAUAUCUAAAAUCGAUUGCCAACGUCCUCCUUCAAUCAGGAUCUACAGUUCCUCAAUGGAUCCUCAAACUACCAAAGCCGUCCAAGCUGAAGCGAAGACAGAUGGGGAAAGUCAAGCGCGCCGAGGCUGUCAAUCCUGCACGGAAGAUUGGUCGAAAUGAAGCGAUCAAGAAGCGGGACAUGAUUGCUGGUAGCAAGCGGCGGAAGGAAAAAGUCACAGUGGAAAAAAGCGAUGUUUUGUGA